AUGGCCCUCCGAGCCAUCCUGAGUCGCUCACCGCAGCAGCUCCUUCGAGUCCCACCAAGCUCCUCCGCAUCCGCUGUCACAGCUUCUGCACGAUCUCUUGUCCCAGCAGCUCGCAGCAUGUCCAGCGCCGCGACGAGAAGGAACGAGUUUGCAGCUACCAGCGUCUGGUCCACACCAGCUCCGCUAAGGCUGUCCCCACCUACAGCAGAGGAGGAGACUGCGGACUUCAAAAAGGCUUGCGAAGAGGUGCAGAGAUGGUUUGACAGUCCGAGAUUCCAGGGCAUUAAGAGACCGUACGGUCCGGCUGAUGUGGUCAGCAAGCGCGGAUCUGUGCCUGUUCAGCCUCCGCAAUCAUCGUUGAUGGCCGACAAGCUGUUCGCACUGCUCACAGAGCGUUUCGAGCAGAGGCAGCCAGUGCACACCAUGGGCGCCAUCGACCCCGUCCAGCAGAGCCAGAUGGCCUUCCACCAGGAAGUGACGUACGUCUCUGGCUGGGCAGCUUCCUCGGUGCUCACCACCUGCAGCAACGAGGUUGGACCCGAUCUGGCGGACUACCCGUACACAACUGUUCCCAAUCAAGUCCAGCGUCUUUUCAAAGCUCAACUGCAUCACGAUCGCAAGCACUGGGAUGAACGGUCUCAGCUGCCGCAAGAGAAACGCGCUCAGACUCCCUGGGUGGACUACUUGCGGCCGAUCAUUGCUGAUGCUGACACUGGUCAUGGAGGUCUGACUACAGUCAUGAAGCUGGCGAAGCUCUUCGCAGAAAAUGGAGCCGCUGCCAUCCAUUUGGAAGACCAGCUGCACGGCGGCAAGAAGUGCGGUCACCAAGCCGGCAAGGUCCUCGUGCCCACCUCGGAGCACAUCAACAGGUUGAACGCUACACGUUUGGCUUGGGAUGUCUUAGGCUCCUCCAACCUGGUCAUCGCCCGGACUGACAGCGAGAGUGGCAAGUUGAUCAGCAGCAACAUCGAUGUGCGCGAUCAUGAAUUUAUCAAAGGUGCCUACAACCUUAAGCCUGGAACCAAAAGCCUUGCAGAAUCUCUGGCCGAGGCGGAAGGUGCUGGCAAAGUAGGUGCACAAGUGGACGCUGUGGAGAAGGCGUGGAUGGAUGGGUGCGAGCUGUUGACAUUUAACAAGGCCGUGGAGAAGCACAAUUUUGGCAACGCGAGCGGCCUGGCAGAGUACGCAAAGCGUGUCGAAGGUGGUGUGUCCAACACCGUCGCUCGUGGCAUCGCUGCCGAAGUGUUCGGCGAGUCUGGCGUGCCAGUGUGGGACUGGGAAGCGCCCAGAACCAAAGAAGGCUACUUCCACUUUACCGGUGGCAUUGACGCUGCCGUCAAGCGGGUCAACCUCUUUGCACCUUACGCUGACCUGCUCUGGUUGGAGACCAAGACGCCAGAUGUUGGAGAGGCAACUGACUUUGCUAAGCGCAUCCACAAAGUGCACCCCAACAAGAAGCUGGUGUACAAUUUGAGUCCUAGCUUCAAUUGGAGCGCACAUGGCUUCGACGACAACGCACUCAAAAACUUCAUCUGGGACCUCGGAAAGGCUGGCUUCGUCCUCCAACUCAUCUCUCUGGCUGGACUGCAUAGCACGGGCAUGAUCACGAGCCAGCUUGCGCGCGAGUACAAGACGGAUGGUAUGCUGGCCUACGUCAACCUGAUUCAGCGAAGAGAAAAGGAGCUGGGCACGGAUGUCUUGACGCACCAAAAAUGGAGCGGAGCAGCGUACGCAGACCGCAUGAUCCAGACUGUUUCUUCCGGCAGCUCUGCCACGAGCGCGAUGGGAGGUGAUUCUACCGAGCACAGCUUCUAG